AUUGUACGGUUUUGAGGUGGGAACCGGGAAUCAGACGACAACAAAAUAUGCAACACGACUCUCUUCUUCUCUGACGUAUAAGAUGCUCCGUAUUUUUUUCACUUUAAUAAUAAUAAAUGCGACUUUUAUUGUACGCCAAUUUCAGCUAGUCUCCAAUUUCCCACUGCUGUAGGCCAAACUGCUUAACGGCCGCGGCCUGCCAUUUCAGACGCGCUUACCAUUCAAAGCAGCGACUCCCGGCGGCUUGAAUGCUGGACUGCGGUGGCUGAAACGAGCUCCUCUCCACCAAUUCAAUGGCCCGGGAGACUGCCUAUGCCUCUCCGAGCUCUCAUGACCUCAGCGCCGGAGCUGCCUACUCUUCUCCUCCUCCUCCCUCUCGGUCCUGGUCUUCCUCCUCCGCCGCCAUGCGGAUUGCCCGCCCUGUUAAGGUCAUUCCUCUGCAGCAUCCGUCGACCACGGCGUCGUCCGCGCCGUGCGUUACGGGCUCCGUGUUGUCGAGGUGGAUCGAGAAGGUAAAACGGAUGACGUGGACGGAGUGGAUUGAGAUAUCCUUGCCUUGCUAUCGCUGGAUUCGAAAGUACGAUUGGAGACGGGACUUGCAACCUGAUCUCGUUGCCGGCGUCACAGUUGGGAUCAUGCUCGUCCCUCAGUCAAUGUCAUAUGCAAAGCUUGCUGGACUUCAACCAAUAUAUGGACUUUAUUCUGGUUUUAUCCCCAUAUUUGUUUAUGCCAUUUUUGGGUCAUCUCGCCAACUUGCUAUCGGUCCAGUUGCAUUGACAUCCCUGCUGGUCUCAAAUGUCCUGAGUGGCAUAGUAGACCCAUCAGACAAGUUAUACACGGAGCUUGCUAUACUCUUAGCCCUCCUGGUUGGCAUUUUAGAAUGCAUUAUGGGGAUCUUAAGGCUUGGAUGGCUCCUUCGUUUCAUCAGUCACUCUGUAAUUUCUGGUUUUACUACUGCGUCUGCUGUUGUUAUUGCUUUGUCCCAAGCAAAAUAUUUCCUAGGCUAUGAUAUAGAACGUAGCAGCAAAAUUAUUCCACUUAUCAAGAGUAUAAUAUCUGGAGCAGAUAAGUUUUCCUGGCCACCUUUUGUGAUGGGCUCACUUACGCUAGCUGUUCUGCUUAGCAUGAAGCACUUGGGGAAAUCAAGAAAGUACUUGCGGUUUCUACGAGCUGCUGGUCCUCUUACAGCUGUUGUUCUGGGUACAAUCUUUGUGAAAAUAUUUCAUCCGACUUCAAUUUCAUUGGUAGGUGCAAUACCACAGGGGCUGCCACAAUUUUCUGUUCCCAAGGAAUUUGAGCAUAUAAAGAUUCUGAUUUCAACGACAAUUCUUAUUACUGGUGUUGCUAUCUUAGAGUCUGUAGGCAUCGCCAAAGCUCUGGCUGCAAAGAAUGGAUAUGAUUUGGAUUCAAAUCAAGAGUUAUUUGGUCUUGGUGUGGCCAACAUUUGUGGCUCAUUCUUCUUAUCAUACCCUACAACAGGCUCUUUUUCCAGGUCUGCUGUCAAUCAUGAAAGUGGAGCAAAAACUGGCUUAUCUGGGUUCGUGAUGGGAAUUAUCAUGUGCUGUGCUCUUUUAUUUUUGACCCCAUUAUUUGAAUAUGUACCUCAGUGUAAUCUGGCUGCUAUUGUGAUCUCUGCUGUAAUUGGGCUGGUGGAUUACGAUGAAGCUAUAUUUUUAUGGCGUGUUGACAAGAAAGAUUUUCUCCUGUGGAUAAUCACAUGUGCUACAACUUUAUUGCUUGGUAUAGAGAUUGGCGUUCUUAUUGGGGUUGGUGUUUCACUUGCUUUUGUGAUUCACGAGUCAGCAAAUCCACAUAUAGCUGUCCUAGGCCGGCUUCCUGGAACCACUGUUUACAGGAAUGUUCAACAGUACCCUGAAGCAUACACAUAUAAUGGGAUCGUGGUAGUUCGAGUCGAUGCACCUAUUUACUUUGCCAACAUUAGUUACAUCAAGGACAGGUUACAGGAAUAUGAAAUCGCAAAAGCUGGAUCCUCACGCCAUGGGCCAGAAGUAUCAAGAGUUCACUUUGUGAUUGUUGAGAUGGCCCCUGUUACAUAUAUUGAUGCUAGUGCAGUUCAAGCUUUGAAAGACCUCCAUCAAGAAUACAAGUCAAGGCACAUUCAGCUAGCCAUCUCCAAUCCAAAUCAAGAAGUUCUGCUGACUCUAGCUAAAUCUGGAGUGGUUGAUCUGAUCGGCAAGGAGUGGUACUUUGUCAGAGUCCAUGAUGCUGUCCAAGUUUGUCUCCGGCAUGUGCAGAGCUUAAACGAAUUCCCUAAAACUCAAGAAGUGUCACCAUUGGAGGACAGCCCAGGUGCAUUCCAAAGACUGCUGAAGCAUAGACAGGAUGAAUUCUCAAUCCCCGAGCUUGAGUCAGGUGAUCGACAUCCUUUUGACUAUGGUUAUGGAGACCCUAAACUGGAGCCACUGCUCUCUAAAAAAUAAACUGGCACUCCUUGGUUUUUAAGUACAUAGUUUGUACCACUAAAUGGUCGUUCUAAGCUAUUUCUAGAUUGGUUUUUAAUGAUCAAAAUAUGAGGCAUUUUAUUGUGUACUUUGGUAUACACAUCCUGACCUCAAUUUUUUGUUCAAGCUUUAUUAGCCCCUCCAGUCCUUGUUUUAAGGCAGAACCGAUCAAAUUAUACUGUAAUUCACAUCUCGAAUUCAAAACCUCUUUUGAACUAUACUUGCAGCUAGCCAUCUCCAAUCCAAACCAAGAAGUUCUAGGACAUAAAUUGCCAAAGGAUUCAAACAAAGUAUAUGUGAUCCUUCUCUACUCCUUUUUUCUGUCAUCUGCCAUACAAAUCUACAUUCUGAUCUAUGUAGAUGACAUCUUAGUCAUUGGAAAUGACUCCAUAGCUGUUCAAAAUCUCAUCAACAAACUGCAUACAUCUUUUUCACUCAAGCAUCUAGGAGAAAUUGACUUCUUUCUUGGUAUUGAAGUUAGAAAGUUAAAAGAUGGCAGCAUUCAUCUAUCUCAAACAAAGUAUAUUAGGGAUCUAUUGCAUAAGGUUGGUAUGCUUGACUCAAAGGGAGUUAAAACACCCAUGGUGAGUAGUUGCAAACUCACCAACACAGGAAGUGAUAUCUUACCUGAUCCAUCUACCUACAGAUCCAUAGUUGGCACUUUACAAUAUGCUACCCUAACCAGGCCAGAACUUAGCUAUGUUGUGAACAAAGUGUGUCAAUUUAUGGCCACUCCUCUACAGGAUCACUGGAAAGCUGUCAAGCAUAUCCUCAGAUACCUAUCUGGUACUAUCACACAUGGUCUCAUUAUUAAACUUCUUCCUUUGAAAAUCAUGUCCAUGCCUAUUUCAGCAUUUUGUGAUGCUGACUGGGCUUCAGAUCCCGUUGACAGGAAAUCCACAUCUGGUUCUUGCAUAUUUCUUGGUCCAAAUAUCAUCUCCUGGUGGUCAAAGAAACAAGUGAAAGUUGCUAGAUCCUCAGCAGAAGCUGAGUACAGAAACUUAGCAAAUACUUCAUCUGAACUUCUAUAGAUUCAAUACUUGCUCAAGGAACUCCAAAUACCAUUCACUACUCCAAGAGCGUAUUGUGACAAUCUCAGCACUGUACAACUUGCACACAAUCCUGUACUACACACGCGGAUCAAACAUAUGGAGAUUGAUCUCUUCUUUGUCAGGGAGAAAGUUCAGUCCAAGCAACUUGAAGUUUUUCACAUCCUAACUCCUCAACAACUUGCUGAUGUCCUGAUCUUCCAAAUCAAUCACCCUAGUUUUGAGGGGGGAAUGUUAGGAGUAGUACACGAACUGUAAUAUUCUUCCUUGUAUUCAGUUUGUUCAGUUAGAGCUGAUAUAGUUAGUUAGAGUUCUGUUCAUGCUCCUGUACUAUAAAUACUUG